GCUCCCUUGGCCAUAUAUAUUGGGCCAUGUGGACACAGACGUGGAGUUUUGUAGCACAGACGCCGUGUUGGCUGCAGGGCUGUCGGCCUCCCGAUCUUCAUUUCUCUGGUGAAGAGAACCGGCAGGAAUAUAAAUCCACCUUCAGACCUGUGUGGACUGUUCACCGGGUGGGAACUGAGACAACCUUGCAGGCGCACCCGUAGGCAAAAUGAGUGAUCUGUUGGAAGAUGGAUCUUUCAUGUUCACCUCAGAGUCCGUAGGAGAAGGACAUCCAGACAAGAUCUGUGACCAGAUCAGUGAUGCUGUCCUGGACGCACAUCUGAGCCAGGACCCUGACGCCAAAGUGGCCUGUGAGACGGUGUGUAAGACCGGCAUGGUGCUGCUCUGCGGAGAGAUCACGUCCCGGGCCAAUGUGGACUAUCAGAAGGUGGUGAGAGACGCCAUCAAGCACAUCGGCUAUGACAACUCAGACAAAGGGUUUGAUUACAAGACGUGUAACGUGCUGGUGGCUCUGGAGCAGCAGAGUCCAGACAUUGCCCAGGGCGUCCAUGUGGACAGAAAGGAGGAGGACAUUGGAGCAGGAGACCAGGGCCUGAUGUUCGGCUACGCCACCGACGAGACCGAGGAGUGCAUGCCCCUCACCAUCGUGCUAGCUCACAAGCUCAACUCAAAGAUGGCGGAGCUCAGGCGCAGCGGCGUCAUCCCCUGGCUGCGCCCCGACUCCAAAACACAGGUUACUGUACAUUACGAACAAAAGGACGGAGCCGUCAUUCCCAAAAGGGUCCACACCAUCGUGAUUUCCGUCCAGCACGACGACUGCAUCUCUCUGGAGGAGCAGCAGAACGUCCUGAAGGAGAAGGUGAUUAAAGCCGUGGUUCCCGCCAAAUACCUGGACGACAAAACGAUCUACCACCUCCAGCCAAGCGGUCGCUUUGUCAUCGGAGGACCACAGGGUGACGCUGGAGUAACGGGCAGGAAGAUCAUCGUGGACACAUACGGAGGGUGGGGAGCUCACGGAGGCGGUGCUUUCUCCGGCAAAGACUUCUCGAAGGUGGACCGCUCUGCCGCCUACGCCGCCCGCUGGGUGGCCAAGUCUCUGGUCAAAGCAAAGCUGUGCAGGAGAGUCCUGGUGCAGGUGUCCUACGCCAUCGGAGUGGCCCAGCCUCUGUCCAUCUCCUUGUUCACCUACGGUUCCUCUCAGAAAACAGAGUCAGAGCUGCUCCACAUCGUCAACAAGAACUUCGAUCUGCGGCCGGGAGUCAUCGUCAGGGAACUGAACCUGAAGAGGCCCAUCUACCAGAAAACAGCUUCUUACGGCCACUUCGGCCGGCCGGAGUUCAGUUGGGAAGUUCCCAAAAAGCUCGUCUUCUAAGUACUCCACCUGCCCCGAGGCCGAACCAGACGCCUCUUCAGCUGCCAGCUUUGCCAACUGAUAGGACUGUUUUUUUUUCUUUUUUUUAAAAUGCAAUAGAACCAAAGCCAAAGUUAGAAUAAAUCAGCUUUAAAGAGAUAAGGAGGUAAUUAUGUUCCAGAGUGGCUGCAGCCACUGGAGGACACAUCCUCCUGGUGAGAAGACAGACAUUGAAGGGGACAUCUCACUAAUUAAUCACUUUUUUGUUGUUUUUUUUCAUCAGAUCACAACAGUCAUCAGUGCUAUUAAAAUAAAUGUGUACAGUCAUUAAAUCAAAGAUCUGAUUUGGGAAUCUGUGACAGACAAUCUCAGCGCUUUGUUUUCUUUUGAAGAUGCUCCUGACAAACGCCAGUCGGCAGUGUGAUUACUGCCCGGCCGAGGGUUUGUCUCCAGAAUACGUUUUCUUUAUAACUGUAAGGAAUGAAAAGAAAAGACCUCAUUUGUAAUGUGUGCCACUCUUGCAAUCGCCGUUGUUCAAGAGGACAGGUCAGCGAGAUGUCUCCAUGUUACAGUCAUUCACAGUUCUACGUUUUCAUUUCAUCCAUACAAUCUUCACCUUUGUGCUCAGAAGGGAGUUGCUUGAAACAUCUUCAACUCUUCCCUAUUUUUUUUUUCUGGCCUGUAAAUGUGACUCAAAUAUUUUAAAAAGUCUUAAUCUUGACUUGAUUGUGAAUCGAUGUUUGGAAGCCUUUAGUGGACCACUGAUGUCUUAACGCGGCAGCAUUUUGAGUGUUGGGAGCCUGUGCUACUCUGAUUUCCUCUCAUUUUAUACAGCCUUCUCCGUCUGUAUCAUAGACUUGUUCUGCUGAUUUCUUCCUUUAAUGUGGAAUGAAAAGUUUGCUCUGUUUGAAAAUAUCUUGUACUGUUGUUAAGUUACUCUAAAUCCGGAUUUAAAGUAUAUAUAUAAAAAAAAGAAUCAAGUGUAUUCAGAUGCUUCUCACACGGUUGGUAAAAAUGAAGUUGUGUGUGCAGCUCAGGCUUUCAUCUGCUGCCAUCUUUGUUUUUGUACAUUUUAUCAUCAG